AAGAAAGGCACACCACACAUUCAAAGUCGUCGUUUUUUUUAUCAUGAGCUCAUCCAAAGAGGAAAUAUCCGAGGUUAAAGUGUCGGUGCAGACUUCUACACCACCAGAAACAAUGGAUUCAUCUGUCGACAUUGCCAACUCCAACGUUAAACGAAAGCGUAAACAUAAGCCAGAAUCGUUAAAACUUUCAGGCAUUGGUAAUAAUAACGCCGACGUAGCUCUUCGGAUUGUGAGUCCAGGAUUGCCUUCUCUCAGUGAAGAAAUGAAUUCAACGGUCCAACUACUGAAACAGAUCCAAUUACAACAACGUAAGUUGAUUGCCGCUCGUCAAACUGUUAAUGGCGAUUCUCCCGAGAUCAAGGAUGAAGGUGAGGAAGAAAAUGAAGGGGACGAUAGUGAUAGUAUCAAAUCGCCGGUUUAUGCUUCUGAUGAUUCAGAAUUAACUAGAUUAUCCCAGGUGAGAAAUAAACGACUUAAACGAACAAAUCUUCCUGAACCCUUACAUAUUGAUGGAGAUACUUCAAUAAGACCUACUAUCCAAUCAGCUCCAAUUAGGCAGAGAGCCAGACCGGCACAUUCCAUGUACCAAUAUCAACCACCUCGUCCUCAGCAACAGCAGCAGCAGACGCAACAACUGCCACCAGUUCAAGCUUAUCCUAAUGUGGGGCCAUAUUAUUAUGUUGGAGGACCUUAUCAACAAUAUUAUCCUGCGCCUAUUCCAAGAACUCAGCAUCGGUUAGCCAAUGCUCAAAUCACCUAUAGUACAUUAAGACCACUCCAUUCUUCCUAUCCUUAUGCACAACCAGCACGAGUAAGGUUUGCACCUUAUACUUCGACUGUCGCACAUUUUCCACACAGAGCAGCCCAGCAACAGGCCCAACAAACACAACAGGCUCAACAACAUCAGCAACAACCACAGCAGCAAGGACAAGCAUCCGAGAGAAGAAGAACUAUUAGUAAUACUGUAACUGAUGUGUAUCAUGGCGAUCUUCAACGAGCAGCCCCAUUACAUUCACAACCAUUGUCUUCACAACGAGAAUAUUUCCAAGGACGUGAGAGAAAAGAUGAGGAUGAAGAUGAAAGUGUGACUGAGGAUGAAGUUAGAGAAAUGGAACAAAAGUAUAAGGAGAUCAGUGGCAGGCUCCCACCGGUGCCACAAUAUGUUAAUAUUAAUCAAGGAUAUUAUUCUAGUCAACAACAGCAACCAACAAGUACUAGUCCUCCAGGCGAGAUUUUUGGCAGUAUUAAUUUAAUGAAUGUUAGUAUUUUUAAUUUUAAGAUAUUUGAGAAGAAGGAAGAGGAAGGAGAGGAAGCUGAAAGUGAGGAAGAAGAAGAAGAAGAAGAGAGGGAAGAAGGCGGAGAAGAAGAAGAAGAAGAAGAAGAAAAAGAGGAAGGACAAGAAGACGAACAGAAGAAAGAGGAGAUCGUAGAGAGGUCUGAUGUGUCUGAAAAAUCUGAUAAAGACAAUAAAGAAGAUAAAGAAGAUUCAAAAUCAGAAAAGGAUGAUUUAUCAAGGGAAAAGGAAAAGUUUUUAAAGAUCUGUGAAACUUGUUGGGAUGAAUUUAUUAAAUCAAGAAAUGUAUAAGAUAUUUAGAAUAUUAAUUGAGAAACCACCGCAUUAUGAAAUGUACAUUUAACGAAUGCUUGUAGUUAUUAAAGAACUAUCAGACAACUUGCAAUAUGCUUCGAUAUUAGUUUGAAACACUUUGUUCGUUGUGAAAAGGGUCUAGAUCUGUUCCUUAAGGUGCAGAUUUUAUAAUUAUAUUAUAGUUCGUAAUAAGCCUCUAAUUACAAAGAUCUAUUUCUUGGAUUGUAUUAUUUCAGCUUUAGUAGCUUCAGCUUGCAGAUAUUGGUAAUCUAAAAGGGUCUAGAUCCAUUGAAUUUAACAAACCCCAAUUUUUUUUUCUGUUUAGAUCUUCAACUUUGUAACCACUUAAGUUACUCCGGAAUAGCUUUAUCCCGUUAAACGUCCGUAGUCAUCAAUGCUCUAUACCGUCUGAACGU